UUGGUCAAUAAGAAGGUCAUAUCUGUAUGCAGAUAACUUAAGGGCAACACUAAACCUCGCAACGGCUCAAGUACAGUGUAAAUCAUCAACAGCAUCGAACAGUUCAAAGUCAAUAUCACUGUAUCACUUCCCCUGGGACUUGCUAGUCUUCUGCAGCGAUGAGACUGUGCGCGAUUGUUGUUCUGUGCAUUGAAAUCUUCGCGGGUCUUCGCGUCGCAGGGAAUAGAUGUAACGAUGGAAAGUGUCCUUCAGUUUCGCAAAACGGUUCUGAGAAAGACGGAAAGGAAAGCGAUGACAGAUUUACCUGCUGUGCCUGUGGAGGAGCAACCUACGACAUCACAUUUACUGGUAAAUGGACAGAAUCUACAUAUCCCCGGCAUUUUCCCGGGCGAAUGGCACGCUGGUCACCUUUAAUUGGUUCCUCACACAGUAAGGAUUAUAUUGUAUGGCAAUUCGGAGGAAUGGCCUCCCCUGGGGUCACAAAGGUCAGCGAGUGGGGAGCCGUCGAGAUGCUGGAGAAGGAGAUGAAAAAUCAAGGAGAGAAGGUGCUCAGCAUAAUCAAGACGCACACGUUAUAUAGAAGUGCCGGCAAGGUUUCCACCACAUUUAAAGCGGACAGCAAACGUAACCUUGUCUCAGCCUUGGCCAAGAUCUUCCCAAGCCCUGAUUGGAAUGUUGGCGUUGACCGGAUAAACCUGUGUGACGGGAAUUGUACGUGGAAAAAAGCUGUUAUCAGGAAACUUUAUCCAUGGGAUGCUGGUACCGAUGACGGGAAAACCUUCAAGUCACCGAACAUUAAAUCUGUCCCCCAGCAGCCAAUAAGAAACAUAACAACAAACACUCAUAAACUGGGAUCAUUCCCUGGUCAGGGAGAUCGCGGAGUCACGCAACCGUUUGGUCAGAUUGAAAUACAGCUCAUGCAGACUUCCGGAGAAUGCAACGGAAAGCCUGGACGUCAUCCUUUCCCAGAGAAAUCUCCAAAAGUUCAUUGCAAAGUUUCUCGCUGGUCGGAAUGGAGACCCUGCUCGGUCACCUGUGGUACUGGAGUCCAGCGCAGGGGCCGCGCGGUAAUCCAGAAGCCAAAGAAUGAUGGGAUUCCUUGUCCUCAACUGAUAGAGUCAAGGGCUUGUAUUCAGCCCACCUGUAUUGGUAAACCAGUCAAUUGCAAACUCUCCCCUUGGUCCUCCUGGAGUGAAUGUCGUGGUUCAUGUAACAGGGGUGGACAAUUUCGCUCGCGCAAAAUUCUACAAAAAGCAGAACAUGGCGGAAGUCCAUGCCCAGAAUUCAAAUCACUUAUCAAAUGGAGGCGGUGUAAGCUGACAAAAUGCCCGCCAGAGAAACAUAACGACUGCAUAGUAACAGGAUGGUCACCUUGGUCAGAAUGUACUAAAAAGUGCAACAGAGGAAAAAAAUUACGAGUAAGGAAGAUCAUCAGAAGCGAAAAGAAUGGUGGAGCAAGUUGUCCGAAAAAACUCAGAGAAAGGAAAAAGUGCGUUCCCGUCAAGUGUCCUGUGUGAGAGUGAUCGCUGACUUGAAAAGCUAAGAAAAUAAAUUUGGUCGAACUCGCAAGAAGUCCAGUGGUCUUGUAUGAAGAAAGGAUCCGCAUAAACUACUAUGAAUGGUUCAAGAGCUGCUCAAGACAAGCUUGUAUAAAGUUAUUUAUUAAGACUUUCAACCGAUGAUAGGUUGACUGUCCUCAUAAAAGUGUUUAUUUGUGUUUUCGACCACAAUCUAAGUUUACCACUCACCACUUCAAGCGUGAGAGCGAAGUCCAGGAGCUGAUGGGGAAAGUUAAGGAAUCAUGCAAUUUCUGCACUAACCAGACGAAAGUAAUACUGUUACGGAAUCCACCAAGGUCAUUGUGGAAUUUGAGCAAUGCAAGGAGAUACGCCUAAAGAUGGAAAAUUGGCAAUUCUCGCGGUUACAUAAUUUUUGCUGUUUUUGGGUAUAAUAUCGCGAGCUAGGUUUGCUUAAAUUGUAUACGUGUGACCGUACCCUCCCCCACUAAAGAGUAACGGAACACCUUCCUUUCUCCCUGGGGGGGAGAGAGGGUGCGGCUACACGUAGGUUACUCAAAUCUGUUGAGUGAACUGGAAAGGUACAUCUCAGAUUUCUUUGGCAUCAUUUCAGUGUAAGCUUUUUUUGAUGUUACAAGUCUAGCAUGAGGUGCAAUCAACGAAGUUCAGUGAAUUAUUCAAAGCUAAGCGAUCAACAUAUUGAUUUGAAAAAAUAUGUACUUAUAUCUAGGCGGUACACAACAGUUUACAACACUAUUUAUUCGACCAAAAAAAUUAUAACCAGCACCAAUUAAUAGUAAAAUAUAUUGUUAUCCGUGAAGUAGCCAAACAUUAAUUAACACUCCAGACAGGAUCACUGCAAAAUUUAGGGUGCCUGUUCCGAAUGGUAUUUUUUUGGACUAAUUUUGCAUGAAGUUUUAUCAAUAUGGUCUGAUUCUAAUUCUUUGAUAAAAAUGGCGUUCUAACAGCUAAAUCUUGAGCUAUAAGCACAAACAGCUGAAAAUUAAUGUGUUUAAGAUGAAUCCAAUCAUGCAGGCAUACUUCAAAAAUAAAAGUUGUAGAAAAUA